AUGGAGUCUCUCCUGCUGCCGGUGCUACUGCUGCUGGCGGUACUGUGGACACAGGCGGCCGCCCUGAUUAACCUUAAAUACUCGGUAGAAGAGGAGCAGCGCGCCGGGACAGUGAUCGCUAACGUGGCCAAGGACGCGCGGGAGGCCGGCUUCGCGAUGGAUACGCGGCAGGCUUCUGCGUUCCGCGUGGUGUCCAACUCAGCUCCGCACCUGGUGGACAUCAACCCCAGCUCAGGUCUGUUGGUCACCAAGCAGAAGAUCGACCGAGACCUGCUGUGCCGCCAGAGCCCCAAGUGCAUCAUCUCGCUAGAGGUCAUGUCCAGCUCAAUGGAGAUCUGUGUGAUUAAGGUGGAGAUCAAGGACCUGAACGACAAUGCUCCCAGUUUCCCGGCCGCACAGAUUGAGCUAGAAAUCUCUGAGGCAGCCAGUCCCGGUACGCGCAUCCCACUGGACAGCGCUUAUGAUCCGGACUCGGGCAGCUUUGGUGUGCAGACCUAUGAGCUCACACCCAACGAGCUGUUUGGCCUGGAGAUAAAGACGCGGGGUGACGGUUCGCGCUUUGCUGAACUCGUGGUGGAGAAGAGCCUGGACCGUGAGACACAGUCACACUACAGCUUUCGCAUCACAGCACUCGACGGAGGUGACCCACCACACUUGGGCACAGUUGGCCUCAGCAUCAAGGUGACUGACUCUAAUGACAACAACCCGGUGUUUGGAGAGUCCACCUACUCAGUGAGCGUGCCUGAGAACUCGCCUCCCAAUACACCUGUCAUCCGCCUGAAUGCCAGCGACCCCGAUGAGGGCACCAAUGGCCAGGUGGUCUACUCCUUCUACGGCUAUGUCAAUGACCGCACACGUGAACUCUUCCAAAUUGACCCACACAGCGGCCUAGUCACUGUCACCGGUGCGCUAGACUACGAAGAAGGACACGUGUACGAGCUGGAUGUGCAAGCCAAGGACCUGGGGCCCAACUCUAUCCCUGCACACUGCAAAGUCACCGUCAGCGUACUAGACACUAAUGACAACCCGCCAAUUAUCAACCUACUAUCGGUCAAUAGCGAGCUUGUGGAGGUGAGCGAGAGCGCCCCCCCGGGCUACGUGAUUGCCCUGGUUCGGGUGUCUGAUCGCGACUCAGGUCUCAAUGGACGUGUGCAGUGCCGCUUGCUGGGCAAUGUCCCCUUUCGGCUGCAGGAGUAUGAGAGCUUCUCCACUAUCCUUGUUGAUGGACGGCUAGAUCGUGAGCAGCACGACCAGUACAAUCUUACGAUUCAGGCUCGAGACAGCGGUGUGCCUAUGCUGCAAAGUGCCAAGUCCUUUAUUGUGCGCAUCACUGAUGAGAAUGACAACCACCCACACUUCUCCAAGCCUUACUAUCAAGUCAUUGUACAGGAGAACAACACUCCUGGCGCCUAUCUGCUCUCUGUCUCUGCCCGCGACCCCGAUUUGGGUCUCAAUGGUAGUGUCUCCUACCAAAUUGUGCCGUCACAGGUGCGAGACAUGCCCGUCUUCACCUAUGUCUCAAUCAAUCCCAACUCUGGUGAUAUCUAUGCGCUACGAUCCUUCAACCAUGAACAGACCAAGGCAUUUGAAUUCAAGGUGCUGGCCAAGGAUGGCGGCUUGCCCUCGCUGCAAAGCAACGCCACGGUGAGGGUCAUCAUCCUCGACGUCAACGACAAUACCCCAGUCAUCACUGCCCCACCCCUGAUCAAUGGCACUGCUGAGGUCUAUAUUCCUCGAAACGCCGGCAUAGGCUACUUGGUGACUGUAGUUAAGGCAGACGAUUAUGAUGAGGGCGAAAAUGGCCGAGUCACCUAUGACAUGACAGAAGGUGACCGUGGUUUCUUCGAAAUAGACCAGGUCAACGGAGAAAUCAGAACCACUCGCACCUUUAAUGAGAACUCCAAGGCUUCCUAUGAGCUGAUAGUGGUGGCCCAUGACCAUGGCAAGACGUCUCUUUCUGCCUCUGCCCUUGUCCUAAUCUACCUGUCCCCAGCUCUUGAUGCCCAAGAGUCAAUGGGCUCUGUGAACUUAUCCCUGAUUUUCAUUAUUGCUCUGGGCUCCAUUGCCGGCAUCCUCUUUGUCACUAUGAUAUUCGUGGCAAUCAAGUGCAAGCGUGACAACAAAGAGAUCCGGACCUACAACUGCAGUAAUUGUUUAACCAUCACUUGUCUCCUCGGCUGUUUUAUAAAAGGACAAAACAGCAAGUGUCUGCAUUGCAUCUCGGUUUCUCCCAUUAGCGAGGAGCAAGACAAAAAGGCAGAGGAGAAAGUGAGCCUAAGGGGAAAGAGAAUCGCUGAAUACUCCUAUGGGCAUCAAAAGAAAUCAAGUAAGAAGAAAAAAAUUAGUAAGAAUGACAUCCGCCUUGUACCUCGGGAUGUGGAGGAGACAGACAAGAUGAAUGUUGUCAGUUGCUCCUCCCUUACUUCGUCCCUCAACUAUUUCGACUACCACCAGCAGACACUGCCCUUAGGCUGCCGACGCUCUGAGAGCACUUUCCUGAAUGUGGAGAACCAGAAUACCCGCAACACCACUGCCAACCACAUCUACCACCACUCCUUCAACAGCCAGGGCCCUCAGCAGCCAGAUCUGAUCAUCAAUGGUGUGCCCCUGCCUGAGACUGAAAACUAUUCCUUUGACUCUAACUACGUGAAUAGCCGUGCCCAUUUAAUCAAAAGCUCCACCUUCAAGGACCUCGAGGGCAACAGCCUGAAGGAUAGUGGACAUGAGGAGAGUGACCAGACUGACAGUGAGCAUGAUGUCCAGAGGAGCCUGUACUGUGAUACUGCUGUGAAUGAUGUGCUGAACACCAGCGUGACCUCCAUGGGAUCUCAGAUGCCUGACCAUGACCAGAAUGAAGGAUUUCAUUGCAGGGAAGAAUGCCGGAUUCUUGGCCACUCUGAUAGAUGCUGGAUGCCCCGGAAUCCUAUGCCCACCCGUUCCAAGUCUCCUGAGCAUGUGAGGAACAUCAUCGCUCUGUCCAUUGAAGCUACUGCUGCUGAUGUUGAGGCUUACGACGACUGCGGCCCCACCAAGCGGACUUUCGCAACCUUUGGAAAAGAUGUCAGCACCCACCCGGCUGAGGAGCGGCCCAUCCUGAAAGGCAAGAGGACUGUCGAUGUGACCAUCUGCAGCCCCAAAGUCAACAGCGCUAUCCGGGAGGCAGGCAAUGGCUGUGAGGCUAUUAGCCCUGUCACCUCCCCGCUCCAUCUCAAGAGCCCUCUGCCCACCAAGCCUUCUAUGUCUUACACGGUCGCCCUGGCUCCUCCAGCUCAUGAUCUGGAGCACCAUGCCAACAAUGGCGCCUCUCGUCCUUCUGAAGCUGAGCCCCGUGGAGCCGACAGUGAGAAAGUCAUGCGUGAGGUCAAUCCUAUUCUGAAGGAAGGUCGUGACAAGGAAUCUCCUGGCGUGAAGCGUCUGAAGGAUAUCGUUCUGUAAACCCGUCUGGGGAAGAAAAGAGAAAGAAAUCACACUGGCUAGUGAAGAUGCAGCAGCUGCUCAUUUUAAUUGCUCACCAAUGGUUGGUUCUCGAGUGGCUGCAUUGUAGAGCUUUCCCUAAAUGUAUUGUGUAUAAGUGACUAUCAUUCCGUGACAAUCCCUCUCGUUUCAACAGGCAGCAGGGGUGUUCAGUUGGAGCAAAUUAGCUUUGGCUUGAGUUGUUCAUGGGGCCUUGAUGUUGGGGAAACAGAGGCAAAUUCAGUUGUGAAAAGUA